AUGAAGAACAAGGCUACGGUCGAGAGUGUUCCCGAGUCGCCUACUACUGCUCGACCCCUCGAUCUGGAUGACGACGAUGUUCAGGAGUCUGGUGUCCUCGGAGACGACGGAAAGCCGACAACCGCUGCCGCGACCGCAACCUCUCAGACACCGACUAACGAGACUGCUCCCCCUAAGCCGCCACGACCGUUGACCGAAGCGCAAAAGAACGAAAUGAUACUCAAGGAGGCAUUCCCUACUGUUGAUCAGGGUAUCAUCAAGGCUGUCCUGAGAGCUAGCGGCGGCCAAGUCGAACCCGCUUUUAACGCUCUGUUGGAAAUGACCGACCCUGAUGCUGCAAAGAACGAGCCCGAGGAUGAAGUCCCUCCUCCCCAACCACCAAGGCCACAAGGCCGAGCCCAGAUGUCGCAAAUGGAGGCGGAUGAACUUUAUGCGCGACAGCUUGCUGAGCACUACGACAACGUUGGAGCUUACGAGUCUCGGACCGCGAACCGAGGCCAUAACGAUGGUCGACCUAGGCAGGGGCAGGGCCAGAACGAAUGGGAUGACGACCGAGAGCAUAGCUUCAUCGACGACGACCUCCCUGUAAUCCGUGAAAACCUUCGAAAGGGGUUCCUCGAGACACAGACCAAGGUCAACGGGUGGAUCACCAACAUCAAGAAGAAGAUCGAGGAGAACUUUGACGAGAGCGAGGAGCAGACUCAGCGACAGGGACAACCCUUCCAUCGCCCUGGUGAGUCCAGCCGACGGAGCGGUGACUACGAGCGAUACGACGCGGACCCCCAGGUUCUCAGUGACGACUUUGCUGGCAUGAAGUUUUCCUCUGACGGAACCCCGAUCAACCGCCCAAUGGCUAACACGGGCAUGUAUAAGCCACCACCACCCUCGGCCUCGCCCAAGCCGAGCACCGGUAGACGUGUUGGUUUCAAGGAGGAGACGGAAGAGAUCAACAUGUACGACUCGUCGCCGCGAGUGCCGCCCAAGGAUGCCGCCCCCGCGGGUAGCGCAAAGGCUAGCAAGUGGCAGCCGCUGUCGACAGUCGAGCCCAGCCCUAUCGCUGAGAACGACCCCUUUAGCCUGGGGGAUAGCGAGGAUGAGCGAGAGACACAUCAAAAGCCCAAGGAAGAGAAGUCAGAUGACAACGAGCGACUCAAGAAGGCUGCCGCAGAAGCCAUGGCCGACAACCUGGUCGACUCACAAGGAGACGCGAGUGCGAAGAAGAACUAG